CGGUGGCGGCGGGCGCGGCGCCGGCGGCCGAGCGCAAGAUGAUGAAGUUUCGGUUCCGGCGGCAAGGCGCCGACCCGCAGCGCGAGAAGCUGAAGCAGGAACUCUUCGCCUUCAACAAGACUGUGGAGCAUGGCUUCCCCAACCAGCCCAGCGCCCUGGCCUUCGACCCUGAGCUUCGAAUCAUGGCCAUUGGCACCAGGUCUGGGGCCGUCAAGAUCUACGGUGCCCCUGGCGUGGAGUUCACAGGCUUGCAUCGAGACACAGCCACUGUCACCCAGAUGCACUUCCUGCCUGGGCAGGGCCGCCUCAUGACCCUGCUGGAUGAUAGCAGCCUGCAUCUCUGGGAGAUUGUCCACCACAACGGCUGUGCCCACCUGGAGGAAGCGCAUAGUUUUCAGCUGCCUAGCCGGCCAGGUUUUGAUGGAGCCAGUGGCCCACCUAGCCUUGCCCGAGUCACCGUGGUCCUGCUGUUGGCUGCCAGUGAUGUUGCAGCCCUGGGCACCGAGGGUGGCAGUGUCUUCUUCCUGGAUGUUCCCAACCUGAUGCUGCUGGAGGGGCAGACGCUUGGUCCAGACGAGAUUCUGCGAAGCGUGCCAGAUGACUACCGGUGCGGGAAGGCGCUGGGUCCGGUGGAGUCACUGCAGGGACACCUACGGGACCCCACCAAGAUCCUCAUCGGCUACAGCCGGGGCCUGCUAGUUAUCUGGAACCAGGUCACGCAGUGUGCGGACCGAGUCUUCCUGGGGAACCAGCAGCUGGAGAGCCUGUGCUGGGAGCGCAGCGGUAGCACGCUGGUCAGCUCACACAGUGAUGGUAGCUAUGCCGUCUGGUCUGUGGACACUGGCAGCUCCCCAAUAUCGCAGCCCACGGUAGCCACCACUCCCUAUGGCCCUUUCCCCUGUAAAGCCAUCAACAAGAUUCUGUGGCGAAACUGUGAAUCUGGGGGCCACUUUAUCAUCUUCAGUGGUGGCAUGCCGCGUGCCAGCUAUGGCGACCGCCACUGUGUGAGUGUGCUCCGGGCUGAGACUCUGGUGACGCUGGACUUCACCUCCCGCAUCAUCGACUUCUUCACAGUGCACAGCACACGGCCUGAGGACGAAUUCGACGAGCCCCAGGCCCUGGCUGUGCUGCUUGAAGAGGAACUGGUGGUGCUAGAUCUGCAGACACCUGGCUGGCCGGCCAUACCCGCUCCCUACCUGGCCCCUCUACACUCGUCCGCUAUCACCUGUUCAGCCCAUGUCACCAAUGUCCCUGCCAAGCUGUGGGCCCGCAUUCUGAGUGCUGGCGAGCAGCAGAGUCCCCAACCUGCCUCCAGUGCCUUGAGCUGGCCCAUCACCGGGGGUCGAAACCUGGCCCAGGAGCCGUCACAGCGAGGGCUGCUGCUGACUGGCCAUGAGGAUGGCACUGUGAGGUUCUGGGAUGCCUCUGGUGUGGCACUGCGGCCUCUCUACAAGUUGAGCACAGCUGGCCUCUUCCAGACGGACUGUGAGCAUGCUGACAGCCAGGCCCAGGCCGCUGAGGAUGACUGGCCACCCUUCCGCAAGGUUGGCUGCUUUGACCCCUACAGUGAUGAUCCCCGGCUUGGUGUGCAGAAGGUCGCUCUCUGCAAGUACACAGCCCACAUGGUGGUGGCCGGCACUGCAGGCCAGGUGCUGGUGCUGGAGCUAAGCGAUGUGCCAUCAGAGCAAGCGGUCAGCAUGGCCAGUGUGGAUCUCCUCCAGGACCGCGAGGGUUUCACCUGGAAGGGCCAUGAGCGACUGAGCCCACGCACAGGGCCGCUGCCCUGGCCUGCUGGCUUCCAGCCCCGUGUGUUAGUGCAGUGCCUGCCGCCAGCCGCUGUCACAGCCAUCACGCUCCAUGCUGAGUGGAGCCUCGUCGCCUUUGGCACCAGUCAUGGCUUUGGCCUCUUCGACUACCAGCGCAAGAGCCCUGUUCUGGCCAGGUGCACCCUUCACCCCAAUGACUCCCUGGCCAUGGAGGGGCCGCUCUCUCGGGUGAAAUCGCUCAAGAAGUCACUGCGCCAGUCUUUCCGGCGCAUUCGCAAGAGCCGGGUCUCGGGCAAGAAGCGGACUCCUCAUGCCAACAGCAAGUUGCAGGAGGCCAACGCACAUCUGGCAGAGCAGGUCUGCCCCCACGAUGUGGAGAUGACACCCGUGCAGCGCCGCAUCGAACCCCGCUCGGCCGACGACUCCCUCUCGGGUGUCGUGCGUUGCCUAUACUUUGCUGACACAUUCCUUCGAGAUGCGGCCCACCAUGGGCCCACCAUGUGGGCAGGCACCAACUCUGGCUCUGUGUUCGCCUAUGCGCUGGAGGUGCCUGCGACAGCAGCAGGCAGUGAGAAGCGACCUGAUCGGGCAGUGGAGGCCGUGCUGGGCAAGGAGGUGCAGCUGAUGCAUCGUGCACCUGUGGUGGCCAUUGCUGUGUUGGAUGGGCGCGGCCGCCCACUGCCUGAGCCCUAUGAGGCCUCACGGGACCUGGCACAGGCACCCGACAUGCAGGGUGGCCAUGCUGUGCUCAUCGCCUCUGAGGAGCAGUUCAAGGUGUUCACACUGCCCAAAGUGAGCGCCAAGACCAAGUUCAAGCUGACAGCCCACGAGGGCUGUCGUGUGCGUAAGGUGGCCCUGGCCACGUUUGCCAGCGUGACCUGUGAGGACUAUACUGAGACCUGCCUGGCCUGCCUCACCAACCUAGGUGAUGUGCAUGUCUUCUCGGUGCCCGGCCUGCGGCCCCAGGUGCACUACCCCUGUAUCCGCAAGGAGGACAUCAGUGGCAUUGCCUCCUGUGUCUUCACGCGCCACGGCCAGGGUUUUUACCUUAUUUCCCCGUCUGAAUUUGAACGCUUUUCCCUAAGUGCCCGGAACAUCACAGAACCACUCUGCUCUCUGGACAUUAGCUGGCCCCACAAUGCUGCUCAUUCCAGGCUCCACCGGUCACCCAAGCUGAGCCAGGCGAAUGGGACCCCAGGUGUUGUCCUGGCCCCAUCGAAUCGUGAUGAAAGCCCCGAUCCUGUCCAGAGCAAGGGAGCUGGUAACCCAGAGCCCCCUGAGGCCACCCUCUCGCCAAUGUCCAUUGACUCUGCCACCAGUGCUGAUACCACGCUGGACACCACAGGGGAUGUCACAGCAGAGGAUGUGAAUGACUUCCUGGGCUCCUCAGAGGAAUCGGAGAGGAAUCUGAGAAACCUGGUAGAAGAUGAGACUCGAGCCUGCACCAUUCUGAUUAAAUGAGGAAGGCCAGAACUGCCUGACCACCACUUGCUCUGCCUGAAGCUGGGAUCCAGGACCCCUGGCCCCUCAUACAGACCCACACCUGCUAUCCUGGGUUCCAGUAGGACCUGUGCACCCCUGGGCCCAGGGCAGCCCCAGGGUGUGGGCUUGGACGCCACCCAGAGCCUCAGGGCCUGAUGGGCCCCUCCCAUAGGCAGUUAGCUACCCUGGAGGCUGGGUGCCACAGCUGGGGCUGGCAGCCCAUGCACCUCCACUCCACAUAGUCCUCCCCCUUCCUUUGCAAAGAGUAUUUUUCUAACGCCAGUGCUGGGCUGGACAGUCAUUUCUAAAACUAUUUUGGUACUUGCUCCUAGGCCAGCAUCCCCUCUUCCCGUGUGGCGCGUGCGUGCGUUUGUGUGUGUGACAGAGGGCAGGGAGAACCCUGCCAGGUUCAGUCAAGUAUGCGUGUGUGUGUGUGUAUGGGGGAGGAGUGUGGUCAGGAUGGGUUUCCCUGUAGAUUGUACCUUGGGUUUUUUUGUCAUUUUGUUAAAAUUAGUGGUUUUAAUAUUAAAAAUACUGAUUUUUAAUAUUGAAAAUAAAAGCAUUUAAUAUCUCAUACAGGUCAAUCACAUCUGUUUUAUCCCAAGCAGGAAAGAGGGUCCAACUUCUCAGACCUUUGAGGGCACCAGUCAGGGGUCAAGGUCACCCCCACCUGGUGCUGCUUGAGCGGUGCUGCUGGCGAGUGUGGCACUGCAGGUGGCUGGAGCAGGAGCUGCCAUCUGUGCAUGGUCUCUACUGGCUGGCGUGGAGGGACAGAGGCCCUUCCUCUCCCAUCCCCAGUGUGUGGGUGAUAUC